AUGACUGACCAAUCACCCCGGUCACGAGUCCUAAUCGAGCGUAUCAACAGAGAGACAGAGAAGUGUUUGACAGUCCUUGACAGGCUACCACGACCAGCUAAGAGAAACGCACGCGAAUCGCACGUUGUUGAGGCCAAACUUGCCGCGGCAGAGACAGAAGCAGAAUGCCAAGUUUUGCGAGCGGAGAGGAGACGACUCAUCCGUGAGAGCGAGUCUGGUCUGAAAGAAGCGAUAAGGGACUGGCACGACGAAACUAAUGAUGUCGUGGAGGACCUGGUUAUUACCUUCCUCAAGCCCAUGCUGAAGGAGAUUGAGUCUCACGUCGCCAAGAGUAAUCGUGAUACUAUUCAAACUGACCCUCCCAGCGGGGUUGAUCAAGUUGCAAGCCCACGCACGCCAACAAUGCCAGCAACACUGGUGUCUGGGACCAACCAGGUACAAGAAAGCCCAUCCGUCGCCUCCAACAUCCUUGCUGCUGAGAAGCCAACCCACAAGAGAAAGGCGAGCCCCAGUCGCCCACCUGCUCCGAAAAGACAACGACGCGAGCGAGAGAAGAAUACGACAACAUUUGCCGAAGUCUUCUGUAACGGCAAUGCACCCGUCAAACGCAUCAUCGUGCAGUAUCCUCCUGAUUACGGCAAGUGGUACAUAAUACGAUGCCGGAGGCACAAUGUCAACUUCCGGGAGAACCCUCUCAAGGCAGCAUCACGCCACAUCUGCCAGAGCAAGCAUCCCAAUAUGCCACGGAACUAUACAUCAGUCAUCAAGAUGAUGGGAUAUCGGGUCGUGGAUUGUGAUGAGGAUCUCGCUGAGAAGAACAAUGCUGUGGCCAGAGAGGCGUUUGGAAUUCGUAGCCAACCUCGCUCUGCGGAUAGCAUUGAGGUGGGAUACGAUACUAUCGUCCCCGGGCCUGAGAGGCCAUUUCACGAUGAUGAUGGCGACUACGGAGAAGAAGGCCGUCGUGAACCCACACCUAAGACCAGCAGCUCAACUCGACGUCGGAGCGUCAUGGUAAUCACAGACCCGACACCCGGGGAGGUCUAUCAGGUCUACUGGAGAAUGUUGAAAAAAUGGACCGCGGCAAUUGUGCUCCCGCUUGAAAACCUCGAAAGAUUUGGCAUCGAAGACUCAAUCGAAAGCCUAGGGCUGCUCAAGAGUCUCCCUUCAUGCUAUACUUACGACGCCUUGGCCAAGACAUUCAAAUGGAGCAAAGGAUGCGAGGCUGGCGGUAAUAAUGUCUCUAAGCGAGAGUUUCCCGUCAUGUUCUUCAAUGGCUCGCCAUUUCCUGACGCAAGUGAGGUUGCUUGGGUCCCAGCCAAAGAUUUGAACCCCCCUGAGAUAUGGGCGUUGGAGCCUCACAUUCAAAGGCAGGUCCUGGACUUUCUGGCGACUAGAGAGGCUAGACAAGAGAGAGUUGUCGAAGACGAGUCUGAAGAGAGAAGCAUCGAAGAGGAGCCGGAAGAGAGGGGCGUUGAAAAAGAGCCAGAAAGAACAAAUUCUGGGGAAAAAGAAGCAUUCCUGACAUGGCAAGAUCCUUGCCAAACAAUCCAGCAAAACGAGCCCUUCCAGCUGCCGACUCAGACUAUCCCCAUGGAAGAAGAGCCAACGGAAACAUCACAACCUGUCCAGAACGUGGAGUCUGGAGUUGCCGCACCCGUAGUCAUUGAUCUGACUGGCGAAGACUCAUCAUCAGACGAAGAAUCCGACGCGGGCAGGGAUACCGCAUCGGGUCAGGAACGACCAGCGGAUUCUGCUGUUAACGAAGCUAUUGGCAACAAUCAACCAGUAGCUGUGGAAGACCACUCUCAAGUGGAACCUGAAGAUAGAGAUCCUUCAAUGGACACAACGCCCAGCACCGACAGUACAAUUACGGAUCCACCAACACCUGUGGUGGCUCAGUCGCCAGUUACUGAGCAGGAAAACAUCCUUGGCCUUCAGCUGACAGCUUCCAUGACCCCAGAGACAACUUUACUGGCGCAGCUCGCAUGCAGAAUGGUAGACCUGGGAGACAAGAAUAUCGAGCCUCAAUAUACGUCGAGACAGGUAGCUGCCGAGCAGGCCAUGCAACACUCUCGCUUGGAGAGACCCCGCGAAACCCCUUACAUCGCUCAGAGCUCGCCCAAUAUCCACAUGGACCAAAGUCCCCAUGCUAUGACUCCUGCGGUCCAGAAUAGGCCACACCCCAUCCCUCGGCCACAGACCGUGGGCCCAAGUCCAGGGCGGUUGCCUGAGCUCAGGGUCCAAACGAACCACCAAGAAAAGUCCGCCUGCCGAUUGCCAUCAAUUCAGAAUCUACUCGAAGGUCCUCAAAUGACUGGCUUAGGUAUCAGUCAGCCCAGAAGAGCGACCCAGUCCCCCAUGAUGCCACCAAGUCCUUACACUCCAGGAUCCUCUAUCCCCAACCAUCUACGCCCCCCCAAUGAAACGCAAACCCAUCCGACACCGGCCAUGAUGUCGCCCCAACUCACACCUCGCGCGACUACUUUCCGCAGCUGGAAUUGGCUUUCAUGCUUCACCCAACCGGUUGCGGAACAACUCCAACUAGCAAGCGGAUCGCCUACCCCUGCGAGUCCGAGAGAUUUCAUGGACCAUAUGGGCCGCCUACAAUGCCCAUUUUGCAGCAUUCAUGUAUUGCAACUUGAUCAUUUCACUCAGCACUUGCAACACCCGUGCCGAAGCAUUUCGGUAGGGCAUGCUUCCCCAAGCAUGUCUACUGUUACAAGAGGAUAG